AUGGCCGUCUCGACGAACAGGCGUUUGGCAGCAUUGGCUUGGCACUCGAUCGCACUGGCAUCGUGCGCCUACGGCUUCAAAUCGCUUCAUGUGCUGCAUGAGCUGUUGGGCGUGCCCAUGUUCGACGAAUACGGUGGUUUUAUGCAAUUCCUGACCAUGUGCGGCUUGACCGCAACGACGGCUGCAAUGUCGUUGGCAUUUUUGAUCAAUGUGAUACAAGUCCCGGAAGCUCUGUUCUGGCUGAAGGACUUCGUGACAGCUGCAGCGCUACCAGCCGAAACGCUGAUCACGGUGCUGUACUGGUCGAUCGUGGCAAUCAACAAGGAUCUAGUGAUGCAGCCCAAGAAGGUCAUGGAUCCAGCAAACCCUGGACAGGUGCUGCGAGAGGAGCCGAUAGCAAUCCCAUUCUCGAUCGAUGCAAGCAUGCAUGCCUUUCCGGGCGUCUUCUUGCUAGUAGACUUUUUCAUUUUCAGCCGACGCUUUCCGAAGAGCAUUUCGAUGGUGGCCGUGGCCGCCGGAGUGACUAUAACCUAUUCCCUCUGGGCCGAACGAUGCGCCGAGAAGAAUGGGCACUAUCCGUAUCCGCUGCUCGACAUCCUGAGCACACCUCAACGCAUUGCACUCUACGGUGGAGCAGGCACAGCGGCUUGCCUAGUUGGAUAUGUGCUUCCGCGGCUCCAGGCCAAAGUGCAAGGAACUUUGUCCGCAGCAAGCUCAAAGAAGACAAGCUGA